CUCUCUCACCCGCCCACCAGUUGGUUCCUGCUUAGUGUUGUGUGGCGAUAAGAGCAGAGACGAAACGGGAAAGACGGCCUUAACAGCCCUUUUCUCUCAAGAUUUGGUCUUUUGCUGUUGCGUCUUCUAAUCCUGCAGUUUCACUCUCUUACAACUACCAUGUUCCACCUGACUGCAGGGCGCCUGGGCAGCAUCAUGGCCCGGCGCGCGACGGUGGCCCUGACAACCAACAGCGCGAGGAUGGCGAGCGCGAGCCACGGUCACGAGGUGGCACCGUCCGUAGACAUGUCUCAGCCAAUGUAUGUUGACCGUCUGGACACCCCCCUGCCUGACAAACCCUUCAAAGAUGUCCUGACUUCUGCUGACCAGAGCCUGAAGAAGAAAGAGAUGGGACCCUGGGGACAGCUGUCCAAAGAGGAGAAGAUUGCCUUGUAUCGCAUCGCAUUCUGUCGGACCUACCCAGAGAUGAAGCAGGGAUCAGACGAGUGGAAGACCGUCGUGGGGGGUAUCUUCCUCUUUCUAGGCUUCACUGGUCUGGUCAUCUGGUGGCAAAGAGUCUAUGUCUACCCUGAACGUCCCAGGACCUUUGAUGAAGAGUGGCAGGCCAAACAGUUGCAGAGGAUGUUGGACAUGAGGGUCAACCCCAUCGAGGGCUUCUCAGCCAAGUGGGACUACGAGAAGGGCCAGUGGAAGUAAAGACAUGGCUGGACUGUGGCUGAGGUGGCACAGCGUCCGGACCUGUCACCUCAGAGUUUUGCUUCACACUGUGAAGCAGCUGUUGACGUCAGUCUCAAUUUGAAUGUUGCAUUCUGAAUGUCAAAACUACUAGACAGAUGGAGCGUAUCCAACUGUCAGCUUCUCUGGGGUCAUUUUUUACUCUGUACCACCUCUGGCUCUCAGUCAGAGGCCUCUUCUCCAAAUACUUCUUCUGUUAUGGUGAUAUCUGUGUCCGUCCUGUUGAAACCUAAUAAUGAUAAUAAAGUUUUGCUUAUG